GCCACUGAAUCGCGAUGAGAAAUUUUUUCUCUCAGAUUAAAAUCACCUGGAAGACAUGUCUGAUAUUUUUCUGACGAACAAAAUUGAGCGUGAACGUGCUUACUAGUGUAAGUGCGCCGGAAAACGUGAACCCAUUCAACUGUUUCAGUCCAAACGCGUUCUCUGGCAAGGUGAGAUGUGUUAAUUCGUCAGAAACGUGCGCAAAGCUCGGAAUUCCAUCGGGACGUAUUAUCCGCGAGUGUUUUUGAGAACGCCAAAUUCAAGUGAUGAAUAAUAUUGUCAGAGAGUUCAACUCACAUUUUGUCCUGAUUAAUAAUCUAGUUCCAGGGUUCAUUUGAUAAAAUAAAAAAAAAAACAUUACGUGCAAACAUUUUUUUCCAAUUUGAUCGAAUAAUCAUAACUUAGCAUAGAGCACUCUUCGCUGGUCCUUUUGAGAGGCGUUUUAAUCUAUUUACUUUUGUGUCAAUCAAAAAUCCGCACGAAAAUUGACAACCAGCUCUAACCAAUUCUUUUCGGCUGAGAGUACCUACUCAGCAUUUCAUUCCUUCGAAAGAUGGCUUUGCCUCUUUCCUUGACGUGUUCACAAAGGGUGAAAGAUGUGCUGGUCAAUACUGAGCAACAAUUGGAAAUAGGGACAAAUAUGGCCAACAAAAUAUUGGCCCCUGUGAAGACUGAUAAACAGAUAUACGAAAAUUCAAUGUUGGAGGAUGAUCCAAACGCGAAUUGUGCCAUAAGUCAGAAGCAGAAGAUACAUCCUAGAUGGGGGCCUCAGCACAAGGGAGCUCAGGAGUUAGCGAAUCUGUACAGCAACGGAAAAAGGACACAAGAAUGUAUAUGCGUUGGAAUAUGUAUCACAUUGAUAGUAGCCAAUUUAUUGUUCAUAAUCAAGAAUCUGAAAAUAGAGAAUACAAAUGCCAUCGUAGCGGCUGCUUUUGGAGGAAUCAUCACCGCUGAUUUCUGUUCAGGAUUCUUCCACUGGGCAGCUGAUACUUGGGGUUCCGUAGAUCUUCCCAUAUUGGGAAAAAACUUCUUACGUCCAUUCCGUGAACAUCACAUAGAUCCCACGUCUAUCACUAGGCACGAUUUCAUCGAAACCAAUGGAGACAACUUCAUGGUAACCAUUCCGUUUCUUGGUCGCAUGGUCUGGGACUUCGUGACCCUCUCUGAGGACGAUGUCCAGAAGAAAUUCACGUGGAACUGUUACGUAUUUCUCCUGGCCAUUUUUAUCGCCCUCACAAAUCAGAUCCACAAGUGGUCCCACACAUAUUUCGGCCUGCCUGGAUGGGUCGUUUUCCUGCAGGAUUGUCACGUCAUAUUGCCAAGGAAACACCACAGGAUACAUCACGUGGCGCCCCACGAGACCUACUUCUGCAUAACGACGGGUUGGCUGAACUGGCCCCUGGAAAAGAUUCACUUUUGGACCUCUCUGGAAUUCCUCGUCGAGACGACCACGGGAUGCAGGCCUAGAGCAGACGACAUGAGAUGGGCACAGAAGGGCUCGAUUUCUUGAUAUCAAUUUGGAUUAGGAUUCGAAGGGGCAGUCUCCCCGCGGAGAUUCGAUUAAUGAAGUCCACACGAUCAUUCAGGUUUUUUCACCAAUACGCUUGUAAUAGAGAAUAAAGUAUUUUUUUAUCAUUUGAAAUCAUUCCUCUGCUUGAACUGAGAUAAAAAAAUGCUACGAAUUUCA